AUGGCUGGUCUCAACAGUGCAGUGGGCCAACAGACAGGACUGAAUGUGGUUCAGGCCACAGUAUGCUCCCACUGGGGUGCACCGACUGAUAAGAGUCUAAUCCAGGAUGGAGAUGUGAUUAUCGGUGGACUUUUUAACCUGUAUCACAUACCUUCAACUAAAGAUGAGGACUACACAAAGAAACCACAUUAUGAACCUUGUACUGGCUUAGAACUGGAGCCGUUAAAAUACUCUUAUGCCAUGGUGUUUGCUGUGGAGGAAAUCAAUCGAAACAACACCCUACUACCAGGAGUGAAGCUGGGUUACCGAAUACUUGAUAGCUGUUCCCUGUACCCGUGGGCUCUGCAAGGUGCAAUGUCAUUGGUUGGAGGAGACACACACAGCUGCAACUUGACAGCCUUUGCAGGUCCUAUUGAAUCUAAUGGAUCCUCUACAACAGGCAUAAUGAUGUCCAGCACCCUGGGGCCUCUCUAUGUACCAGUUAUCAGCUACCUGGCAAGCUGCCCCUGCCUUAGUGACAGGCUUAAAUAUCCUACUUUCUUCAGAACAAUUCCCAGUGAUAUUUACCAAGCUUGGGCCAUGGCACAAUUGGCCAUUCGCUUCCACUGGACAUGGAUAGGAGCAGUGGUGGAAAACAAUGAUUAUGGUCAGCUUGCAAUACAGGUAUUCCAGAAAGAGAUUUUUGGGAAAGGAGUGUGUUUGGAAUUCAUUGAGACCCUCAUGCCAGAAACUAUUGUGACUGAUGUAAAACGUGCAGCACUUACAAUUCAAGCUUCGACUGCGAGGGUGAUUCUGAUCUUCUGCUGGUAUACUGAAGUAAAGAAACUGCUUCUGGAACUGGUCAAGAGAAAUGUGACUGACAGACAGUUCCUGGCAAGUGAGGCUUGGAGUACCAGUGAUGAUCUUCUCCAAGAUCAAACCAUCUCUAAAGUAGCAAAUGGUGUUCUUGGUGUGGCCAUUCGUAGUUCAACUAUACCUGGAUUUGAAAAUUAUCUCAGAAGUUUGCAUCCAAUUCGUCGUCCUAAUGAUGUUUUCUUAAGAGAAUUCUGGCAAAAGGAAUUUGGAUGCAGUCCUCUUUCUUCCUAUUUCUCUUCAUCCCUCAUUCAAAUUUCACCACCACUCUGCAGUGGAACAGAGUCCCUGGAGAACGUGGAAAAUCACUUUACUGAUACCUCUCAGCUAAGGGUGGCAUAUAAUGUCUACCUUGCCGUUUAUGCUGCUGCCCAUGCCCUUCAUAGCCUUCUCUCCUGUAAUACCCAUACAUGCACCUUUCAGAAAAACAUCAAACACAUAGAGCUGUUACAGCAAUUGAACAAAGUGAACAUCACCACACCACAUGGGGAAAGGUUUUACUUCCAAGGUGCUGACAUUCCAGCAAUGUAUGACCUCGUCAAUUGGCGGAAACAACCAGAUGGGCAACUCAAACUUGUCUUGGUUGGUCGUGUGGAUGGGUUUAAUCUCCAUCUUAAUGAGUCAGCUGUGCAGUGGAGCUCAGGAUCCAGUCAGGUUCCUUUUUCAGUGUGCAGUGAGAGCUGCCCUCCAGGUACCCGAAAGGCCAACAGGAAAGGAGAGCCUCUCUGCUGCUUUGACUGUAUCCCAUGCACUGAGGGGGAAAUAAGCAAUGAAACUGGUUCUCUUAAUUGUGAGCGAUGUCCAUCUGAGUUCUGGUCCAAUGUUGAGCAAACUGCCUGCGUCCCUCGUCAGUUGGACUUCCUUUCCUUUAACGAAACAUUGGGCAUCACUCUGACAACAGUGGCUGCAUCCGGUGUUGUGGUGACAACAGCUGUGUUUGUUCUAUUUUUUUGCAACCGCCAAACACCCAUGGUACGAGCCAACAAUUCAGAACUCAGCUUCCUGCUUCUUCUGUCCCUGAAGCUCUGCUUCCUGUGCUCACUGGUGUUCAUUGGUCGUCCAUCAGUCUGGUCCUGUCGGUUUCAGCAGGCAGCCUUUGGGAUCAGCUUUGUACUUUGUGUUUCCUGCCUUCUGGUUAAAACCCUCGUAGUGCUUGCUGUUUUCCGCUCAGCUCGGCCUGGUGCUGAAACCUUGAUGAAGUGGUUUGGUCCUGUUCAACAGAGAGGGAGUGUCUUUCUCUUCACCUGUAUACAGGUUAUUAUCUGUGCCACAUGGUUGUCCAUCAGUCCUCCAGUGCCUCGACGUGAUCUGGGUUUCCAAGGAUCAAAGGUCACACUAGAGUGUGCCAUGGGUUCCCUGGUGGGCUUCUCUCUGGUUCUUGGCUACAUUGGCCUGCUGGCCUGCACCUGCCUCCUCUUGGCUUUUCUCGCUCGGAAUCUUCCUGACAACUUCAAUGAGGCCAAACUGAUCACCUUCAGCAUGCUGAUAUUCUGUGCAGUAUGGGUAGCUUUUGUUCCUGCUUAUGUUAGCUCUCCUGGAAAAUAUGUUGUUGCUGUAGAAAUAUUUUCCAUCUUGGCCUCCAGCUAUGGUUUACUGCUUUGCAUAUUUGCCCCCAAAUGUUUCAUUAUUCUUUUGAGGCCAGAGAAAAACACAAAGAAAAGCUAA